AUGGCGAAGUUAAGCAUCUUUUCGAUUCUGCUAGUAUGCGUGCUCGCGGUUGCUGCUGCCCAAGACGCGACCAACACCGGGGGACAAGCCGGCAGCGUGACUUCAGACCCCGCUGCCUCCACCACCUCUCCGCCUACUGCUACUGCCCCGCCAAGCACCACGAACGCCCCACCGGCGGCUGGUGCUGCUCCUGUUAACCCCGCUUCCCCUGCGGUCGCCCCGGCACCGGCAGCGGGUCCGACUUGGGCCGGUAACCCCGCUCCGAUGACCGACGUCAGCGGCAGUGGCAGUGGCAGCUUUGGCAGCGGCAGCGGCAGCGACAUCGAGACCCCCGUGACCAGGAAGCCCCGGAAGACGUCGGACUCGUCGCGGUCCCAGUCGAGCGAGCCGAACCCGUCCGAGGACUCGGGCGCCCGAACGCUCGCGACGACUAACGCGCUGGGCGUGGCGGUGCUGAUGGGACUCGCGUUUGCGAUGCUCUGA